GUGGGUAAAGAUCAUUACUUAAACAACUUCCAAACAUAUGUUUGUUUUGGAGGUGUGUCAGGUGCUUGGAGUUGCAGCAAUGGAGACUCAAGGUGGUGUUCAACUUCUGCUGUUGCUGUAUGUUGUGUCCACCUGCUGGGGACAGCAAGUCUAUCUGACACUGGGAUCGGGUCCGAACAUCACUAAUAACAAUACUGAGAUCCUCAUGACUGAUAUUGGAGAGGAUGCUCUGGGUGGUCUCCCUUCUCUCGCCUGUCACACUGACCUCACUGCCUGCUGUAGAAGUGUUGCUGACAACAAUGGUAUGGGUGGACUAGGACAGUGGAGGUAUCCUGAUGGGAGUGAGCUAGUGGGAAAUGGCGCUUCGUUGUCUGCUGGACAACAGUUCUUCAUGGUGAGGAAUGGUCCCCAACUCAUCAGGCUGUCUCGUAGAGAUGGAAACAACCCCCUCUCUCCAACAGGGUCCUAUUGCUGCACCAUACCAACUACAGAAGGAGAUAUGACCCUCUGUGUCAACCUUGUGGUGUGUCUGUCUCUUCCUCUUAUCACCAAUGGAAUGAUCUCCUAUUCUGCCCUAACACUGGGUGCGAGUACUGUGGCCACCUACACUUGUGACACUGGCUACAUUCUCAAUGGAGACGCCACCAAGACUUGUGGAAGUGAUGGAAUAUGGAGUGGACUUGCACCAAUUUUUUGUCAAGUCAAUGUUGGUUCAGCCACAUGCUUUGAUAAUCUCCCAGCCAUCACUAAUGGAGGCAUAACCUAUGCUGGUGGAUCCAUUAACAACAGAACAGUGGCUACUUACAGCUGCUUCAGUCCCUACACUCUGGUUGGAGUGCCAGUGAGGACUUGUCAGAGUGAUGGAACCUGGAGCUCAUCAACAGCUCCAGUGUGUCAGCUGAUAACCUGCUCUGAUUUACCCUCACUGACAAAUGGGAUUGUUGAUUAUGGUGGUGGUGGAUCCACUAACAGCAGACCAGUGGACACUGUGGCCACCUACAGCUGUAACUUUGGCUACACUAUCAAUGGCGGCAGCACCAGGACAUGUAGGAGUGAUGAAAAUAAUGGAGUGUGGAGUGGGUCAGCUCCAACUUGUCAGCAGAUACUCUGCUCUGACUUACCCUCUCUGAUCAACGGGAUGAUCACCUACAGUGCUGGUGGAUCCAUCAACAGCAGACUAGUGGGCAGUACAGCUACUUACUCCUGUGACAAUGGAUACCGUCUAGUCGGAGAGACAAUGAGGACUUGUGGGAGUGGAGGGAGCUGGACUGAGUCUGCUCCAGUGUGUCAUCUGAUAACCUGCUCUGAUUUACCCUCACUGACAAAUGGGGUCGUUGAUUAUGGUGCUGGAUCUACUAACAACAGACCAGUGGACACUGUGGCCACCUACAGCUGUAAUCCUGGUUACACUUUCAAUGGCGGCAGUACCAGGACAUGUGAGAUUGAUGGAAAUAAUGGAAUGUGGAGUGGGUCAGCUCCAACUUGUCAGCAGAUACCCUGUUUUGACUUACCCUCUCUGACCAACGGGAUGAUCACCUACAGUGCUGGUGGAUCUACCAACAUCAGACCAGUGGGAAGUACAGCUACUUACUCCUGUGACAAUGGCUACCGUCUGGUCGGAGAGGCAAUGAGGACUUGUGGGAGUGGGAUUAGCUGGAGUGGGUCAGUUCCAGUGUGUCAGCAAACUUGUUUUGAUUUACAACCACUAAUGAACGGAGCUAUUGCCUAUGACGCUGGACUUACUGACAACAGACCUCUUAAUACCACUGCUACUUCUACUUGUGACAAUGACUACAUUCUGAUUGGAGUGAGUUUCAGAGUUUGUCAGAAUGAUGGAACGUGGAGUGGGUCAACUCCAACUUGUCAAGCGAACACUGGACCCACUAAUCUCCCACCCACUGAUCCUCCGCCCACCACCUGUUCUGAUCUGAUUGCUCCGACCAAUGGAAUGAUCAGCUACAAUAUAGGGACUGUUAAUCUGAGACCAGUGGACACUGUGGCCACUUACACCUGUGUCACUGGCUACACUCUCAAUGGAGACAUCACCAGGACUUGUGACAGUGAUGGAAUGUGGAGUGGGUCAGCUACAACUUGUCAGCUAAUCUGCUCUGACUUACCUUCUCUGAUCAACGGAAUAAUCUCCUACACUGCUGGAUCCAUCAACACCAGACCAGUGGGCAGUACAGCUACUCACUCUUGUAACAAUGGCUACCGUCUGGUCGGAGAGGCAAUGAGGACUUGUGGGAGUGGAGGAAGUUGGGGUGGAUCAGCUCCAGUGUGUCAGCAAACUUGUUUUGAUUUACAACCACUAAUAAACGGAGCCAUUGCCUAUGACGCUGGACUUGCUGACAGCAGACCUAUUAAUACCACUGCUACUUCCACUUGUGACAAUGACUACAUUCUGAUUGGAGUGAGUUUCAGAGUUUGUCAGAAUGAUGGAACAUGGAGUGGGUCAGCUCCAACUUGUCAUGCAAACACUGGACCCACUGAUCCUCCACCCACCACCUGUUCUGACCUGACUGCUCUGACUAAUGGAAUGAUUGGCUACAAUAUGGGUACUGUUAGUCCUAAACCAGUUGGCACUGUGGCCACCUACACCUGUAACCCUGGCUAUAUUCUUAAUGGAGGCACUACCAGGACUUGUGGGAGUGAUGGAGUGUGGAGUGAGUCAGUUCCAGUAUGCCAGCCUAUCUGCUCCGACUUAUUGUCUCUGCCUAAUGGAGCCAUUUCCUAUAGCAGCAUGGGAUCUACUGAUAUCAGACCUAUCAACACCAUAGCGACACACAGCUGCAACGAUGGCUACACUCUCAAUGGAGACACCACCAGGACUUGUGGAAGUGAUGGAGUGUGGAAUGGGUCAGUUCCAACUUGUCAGCUAAUCUGCGAGGACUUGCUCCCACUGACCAAUGGGAUGAUCUCCUACAGCAUGGGAUCCACUGACAUCAGACCUAUCAACACUAUAGCUACACACAGCUGCAACGAUGGCUACACUCUCAAUGGAGACAGUGUCAGAGUUUGUCAAAAUGACAGAACAUGGAGCGGGUCAACUCCAACUUGUCGAGUUUCCUGUGGGCCUCCUCCCUCUAUUGACAACGGUUCUUCCGGACAGCCAACCAACACAAUGAUCGGAGGAGAGGUGACCUACACCUGUGAAACUGGAUUUAUUUUUAUUGGCUUUGAAAUGAUCACAUGUUUGAAUACUGGCAACUGGAGCAGCUUACCAUCCUGUCAGACCCCUCCCCCUGUGUACUUGUCUCUCUCCUCCACCAAUUACCUGUCUGGGCUCUCCGAAAUCCCCCUGUCCUCCGUGGGAGAGGGGCGUAGCCUCGUCUGUCAUACUGACCUUGCUGGCUGCUGUGAUGGGAACACAGGAGAUUGGUACUAUCCUAACGGUUCUGUUGUUAUGGAGGAUGGAGCGUUGUAUGUUAGAAGAGGUCAUAUGAGUGUCAGUCUGAUGAGCGGAACAGCUACUGCUCCUGGUGGCCUCUACUGUUGUGUGGUGCCUACUAGUGGUGGGAUGAGCACAGCGUGUAUUGUGUUAGCCUCCUCUACUGAUGAGAGCUCUCCCUCUGACAACACUGGUGCUGUGGUGGGAGGAGUGGUGGUGGCCCUGGUAGUUGUGGUAGUGACUGGUGUAGUGAUAGUGACCUACUUAGUGCUCCGGUACAAGAGAGGAGGGAAAAUGACUGUUCCUCAUGGGAUCCCCCUCGCUUACCUGGAUCAAGGUACAGCCAAUACCUUUGAGAACAGCGGUGUUUAUGAAGAGAUUCCAGAAGAGAUUUCCAUCUCCAACUUAACGCAUAACGAUUCAUACUUGACUGUGGGUGGGCGUGGCAACACAGAGGCUCCAGCUGGAGGAAUAUACGAUAACUGAACUGAACUGUCACAUGACUCUGCCUUUUUUGUUGUGAUUGUUGGUCUUGGUUUUUUAGCUCAUGCAAUUCAUUUGUUUCUGUCAAUUUCAUAAUGUAAGGCCAAGAUUGUUUUAAAAUAAUACAUGUAUAUAUUUAUUAUUAAAAGAUUGUUUGUAA